GUCACCGGGCGCCGCGGCUAAGCGGCGGUUUGGAGUUCGGAGUGAACUGGGAGAGCGGGACGAUGGCGGCCGAUGAUGCAGCUUUGGAGUUAUUGGUAACGGGUCUGUACGACGUGCAGGCUUUCAAGUUUGGGAACUUCGUGCUCAAGAGCGGGCUCUCUUCCCCCGUGUACAUCGAUCUACGGGGCAUCGUGUCUCGACCCCGUAUUCUGAGUCAGGUUGCAGAAAUUUUAUUCCAAACUGCCCAAAAUGCAGGGAUCAAUUUUGAUACUGUGUGUGGAGUACCUUAUACAGCUUUACCAUUGGCCACGGUUAUCUGUUCAACCAACCAAAUUCCAAUGCUUAUUAGAAGGAAAGAAACAAAGGAUUAUGGUACUAAGCGUCUUGUAGAAGGGGCUGUUAAUCCAGGAGAAACCUGUUUGAUCAUUGAAGAUGUUGUCACCAGUGGAUCUAGUGUUUUGGAAACUGUUGAGGUUCUUCAGAAGGAGGGCUUGAAGGUCACUGAUGCCAUAGUGCUGCUGGACAGAGAGCAAGGAGGAAAGGACAAGUUGCAGGCGCAUGGGAUUCGUCUCCACUCAGUGUGUACAUUGUCCAAAAUGCUGGAGAUCCUUCAGCAACAGAAAAAAAUUGAUGCUGAGAUGGUCGAGAGAGUGAAGAGAUUUAUUCAGGAGAAUGUUUUUGUGGCAGCUAAUCACAAUGGUUCUCUCCCUUCUGUAAAGAAAGGACCCAAAGAACUAAGCUUUGGUGCACGUGCAGAGCUGCCCAGGAUCCACCCAGUUGCAUCAAAGCUUCUCAGGCUUAUGCAAAAGAAGGAGACCAAUCUGUGCCUGUCUGCUGAUAUUUCAGAGUCCAGAGAGCUGUUGCAGCUAGCAGAUGCUUUAGGACCCAGAAUCUGCAUGCUCAAGACUCAUGUAGAUAUUUUGAAUGAUUUUACUCUGGAUGUGAUGAAGGAGUUAACCAUUCUGGCAAAACGCCAUGAGUUUCUAAUAUUUGAAGACCGGAAAUUUGCAGAUAUAGGAAACACGGUAAAAAAGCAGUAUGAAGGUGGUGUCUUUAAAAUAGCUUCUUGGGCAGAUCUAGUAAACGCUCAUGUGGUUCCAGGCUCAGGAGUUGUGAAAGGCCUGGGAGAAGUAGGCCUGCCCCUGCACCGGGCAUGCUUACUCAUUGCAGAAAUGAGCUCUGCUGGCUCCUUGGCCACUGGGAGCUACACUGAAGCAGCGGUGAGAAUGGCUGAAGAGCAUUCUGAAUUCGUGGUUGGUUUUAUUUCUGGCUCCCGAGUAAGCAUGAAACCAGAAUUUCUUCACUUGACUCCAGGAGUUCAGUUAGAAGCAGGAGGUGAUAAUCUUGGCCAGCAAUACAACAGCCCACAAGAAGUGAUUGGCAAACGAGGUUCUGAUAUCAUCAUUGUGGGCCGGGGCAUAACAACAUCAGCUAAUCGUCUGCAAGCAGCCGAAAUGUACAGAAAAGCUGCUUGGGAAGCUUAUUUGAGUAGACUUGCUGUUUGAGUGUCUUGGAUACAUUUUUGUGAAGGCCUUGAAGAUACAUGGUCUCCUGAGAUGCCACUGGCUUGAAAUAAUAAACAGCCUUUAAUACUGCUUGGAUUCUUCCACGGGUCCUGUGUGGAAUGACUUCUGGAGUUACCACGGCACACAGGAAAUAUUCUGUGACUUAUAAUCACUGCAGUGUCACUAUAAUCAGUUCAUUUUCAAGCUUUCUUUUAUUGAGACUGAUGUUGGUUAGGCAAUCACAGCCCUGUCCUGUUAGAAUCUUCCACAUUUGAGGAAGUCCCCCAUCUCUAGAUCAGACUUUCUGAUUCUUUGAAUUGCCGUGAGACAGAAAUUUUAGGUCAUGAAGAGGCUAAAAC